AUGGAUGAACAACUCACCUCCUUAUCCGACCUGAUCGCCCAACAGGACGCCAAGAUCGACCUUAUGAACGCCUCCGUCCAACAACAUUCUGUCGCUUUCGACAUGAUCCCGCAAUCCCUUGCCUCCCAACAGUCCGUUAUGGCGGACAUGAUGCUCAAAUUGGCUAAACUUGAGCGUCCUCCCCCUCAACCACCCCUGCUACCCUUACCGCCACCUACUCCAUCCCCACCGAUUUCCGUGGCCACCCCCACCACACCAUCGCCACCCACAGUUUCCCAGUCCUCUACCUUCAAUCGCCUUCCUAAACUUGAAAUACCCUUCUUCUCUGGGAAAGAUGUGCUUGGUUGGUUGUUCCAAGCUAAUCAGUUCUUCACUUUUCACCAAGUGCCAACCGAUCAGCGGAUCACCAUGGCAGCCUUUUAUAUGACCGGCACAGCCUUACAUUGGUUUCAGUGGAUGUCCAUGACCAACCAACUCUCCACCUGGGAACUUUUCACCCGCCGCAUGGAGCUUCGUUUCGGGCCAUCUGCCUUUGUGAACCACGAGGCCCAGCUAUACAAACUUCGCCAGCAGUCCUCUAUUGUGAAAUACCUCGCCGACUUUGAGUGUUUGUCAUCGCGCGUCCCUGGGCUCAGUCAAGCAAACCUACUCAACUGUUUCCUUUCUGGGCUUCGUCCGGACAUUCAACGGGAACUUUAUAUGUUACGACCGACUGACCUCCACGAUGCAAUUGGCUUGGCCAAGCUCGUCGAAGACAAGUGCAAUGAUGCACGGCUUGCUGCUUCCCAAGGUCGUUUUCCAUUGUCCCGGCCACCUCCGGCACCCCAUCUUCCUCCACCCAACAACACUCGUCCUGCUUCCCUGCCCAUCAAACGCUUGACGCCCUCUGAAAUGGCGACCCGUCGUGAAAAAGGACUUUGUUUCAACUGCGACGCCAAGUUUGUUCCGGGCCACAAGUGCAAUCCUCCACAAUUUUUGUGCCUGAUGGUUGACCUUUCCGAAGAUUCCCCAGUUCUGCUCUCUCCACCCACCCACACUGAAGCUUAUAUCCCUCCUCUUAACGACCCACCCAUUCUUCCUACGGACCUGGAGACCGAUCCCAGUCCAUCCAUCUCUCUUCAUGCCCUUACAGGGCAACUCGUUCCGUCCACUUUAAAACUCUCCGGCUUCCUCAAUGGUCAGAAGAUUGUUAUCCUCAUCGAUGGGGGCUCCACCAAUAAUUUUAUCCAAUCCCAGCUCGCUCGUCACCUCGGCCUUCCCAUUCAACCUUCCCCACAACUACGCGUCACUGUUGGCAAUGGUGACUCUGUUGACUGUGCUGGUACUUGCCACCAAGUUUCUCUACAACUCGGUGAAGCCUCUUUCUCUGUUGACUUAAUCCUCUUACCUAUAUAUGGUGCUGACAUCGUACUGGGCGUUCAGUGGCUAUCGGAUUUAGGUCCGGUCUUAUUUGACUACCGGCACCUUUGGAUGGAAUUCAUCCAUCAUGGCACGACCAUUAGACUCAACGGUCUGACUCCACUACAACUAUCCUACAUCAGCCCCUCUGCACUCACUAAACAUUCCCUAACUUCUUCCGCUGCCCAGUUUUGGUCUUUAGCAGUUGAAAAACCUGACCUACCUCUUCAUCCCACUUUCGGGGUCUCAGCUCCUGCAUCCUUUCUAUCUUCCCUGCAACACCUUCUUACCUCCUACGCAGACAUAUUUGCAUCACCGACCACUCUUCCUCCACCUCGCAGUUUUGACCACCGUAUCCCUCUCUUGCCUCACACCCCACCAAUCAAUGUCAAACCUUAUCGUUAUCCUCACUCUCAGAAGGGCGAACUUGAACGCUUGGUCGCUGACAUGAUCGCGGAUGGUCUCAUACAACCCAGUACGAGCCCAUAUUCGGCACCAGUCUUACUUGUUAAAAAGCGCGAUGGCACUUGGCGUUUUUGCGUCGAUUACCGCGCCCUCAACGCAGUCACCAUCAAAGAUAGAUUCCCUAUUCCCACUGUCGACGAACUCUUUGAUGAACUCUCUGGCGCUUGUGUUUUCUCCAAACUUGACUUACGCGCCGGUUACCACCAAAUUCGCAUUUAUCCUCCUGAUAUUCAGAAAACGGCAUUCCGCACUCAUGAGGGGCAUUACGAGUUCCGGGUUAUGCCGUUCGGCCUAUCUAACGCUCCCUCCACCUUUCAAGCUUUAAUGAACUCCGUGUUCAAAACGGUCCUCCGCCGCUUCGUCCUGGUCUUCUUCGACGACAUACUCAUCUACAGCCACGACUGGACUGCUCAUUUGGCUCAUCUCCGUCAAGUGUUCUCCCUACUCCGCUUGCAUCACUUAUUCGUCAAGAAAGAAAAAUGUGAUUUCGGGAGACUCGAGCUUGACUAUCUGGGUCACCACAUCUCGGGUCAUGGAGUAGCUGUUGACCAGUCCAAGAUCUCCAUCAUUCGUGAUUGGCCUAUCCCUAAAUCCCUUCGAAAUCUGCGCAGCUUUCUGGGUCUCACUGGAUACUAUAGGCGUUUUGUCCACAAGUACGCCACCUUGGCCAAUCCCUUGACCAUCUUAUUACGCAAGGAUGCCUUUCAUUGGACUGAAGCUGCCACAUCUGCCUUCACUAAACUCAAACAUGCCAUGACCACCACUUCACAGUCCAUACGGAUCAUCAAAGCCUUCGCACUAUGA